AUGACGAAGGCGGGUGCAGCCGUCUUCAACUUCUCGGCGACGAACGAGCCUUACUCCGAGGCCUCUGGUAACUUCAAUCCCAUCCACGUCAACUCCUACUUCGCCGAUUUGGCAGGUGUUUCCCCCACAAUCACGCACAGCAUGUGGUCGAGCUCGCUGCCAGGCGCUACGUUGAGACGGUCGUUGUGCAAGGUCGCCCGGAGCGAGUUGUCGCGUAAAUAUGACGUCGCCUUCGUAGGAAUGGUCAUUCCUGGGGAUGAGCUUCGGAUGAAGACCAGGCACAGCGACAUACAGGAUGGCAACACUGUUGUCAAGGUCGAGACAUUCAAUGACAAGGGUUCCCAAGAGCAGGGUAUGGCUAUGGACUUCUAUAAGUCCGCUCCAGCUGCUCGAUCUGUCUGGGAUGCUGCCGAUAUUCAUCUUACUGCUGUCUAUGGCUUCUCUAUUAUUGAGAUCGUCAAGGACAACCUGGAGGAGAAGACUAUCCAUUUUGGUGGCAUCAAGGGUCAGGCCAUGCAGCAGCGGCACAUGUAUAUGAACUACGACAAUAUAGACGGGGACGGUAGCGUGAAGACUCUUCUGCUACACAUUCAGUCAUCUAUCUGGACUCUUGUGUGCCACACAGUUUGGCCGAUCGCGCAAGUCAUGACCGAACGUGCCGUCUUCGAGGACAUGCGUUCGAAAGACUUCGUUUGA